AUGAGUGCAUUGUGGCUAUUAGUUCGUUCGCCAGGUGGUAGUUUUGAUGUUAGGGUGGAUGACACUGAUAAGACCAAUUUGAUGGAGUUGUUUGAGUAUAUGUUUGAGGAUUCAGUAAAGCAGAAUGUUUUCCUCCCUAAGUACUUCACUUUGUUUGUGAGUAAACCUAGAACUAAUCGUAAGCUAGAGUUAGUUGAUGAUGGGGCAAUGUUGAAAAUGUGGGAGUGGAAUGAAGGGAAGGAUGAAAUAGAAGUGUUAAUAGAAGAGACAGAAAACCCAUCUGUUGUCUUCAAGUCUGCAGAAGCUAGUUGGGCAAGAACUUUGAAGAUGAGGGCUGACAAAAUUAGGCAGAAGGAGGAAGAGAGAAGGAGAAAUGCAGAGGCUGAAGAAGUAGAGGAGGAGCUUAAUGCUCAAGAACCAUUUACUGUUGCUGUAGAGGUCCCUGUUGUGAAUGCAGAAGAAGAUAAGACUGAAUAUGUUAGGAUAUUCCACACUGCAGCAGCUGAUGAGUCAUUUCCAGGAGAUUCUCAACCUCAACCUUCACAAAAUGAACCAUCUCAACCCUCAAAUGAAAAAAAGUUAAAACCAAAAGAGUGGAGGGUGCCAAGAAGCACAACAAAAAAGUAUGGUGUUGAGGUUGUGAAGAAUAAAAGAGGAGGGAGGGAAGUGAAUACAAGGAGCAAAAAACCUGUGCAAGUUGAGGACAGUGAUGGUGAAUCUGAUCCAUGGCCUUCUGAGGAUAGUGAAGAUGAUGACUAUGAAUUUUCAGAAGCUGAGGAUGAUUUGGAUAUGGAAUUGAACCUUGAUGAUGAGUAUAUUGUGGAAGAAGAAGACCUAGCUGAUAAUAUACAAGAGAAGACUUUUGAAGACUACCUAGAUGGGACUCAUGUUUUAGACAAGCUGUACAAAAAUGGCAAGGUCUGGUCUAACUUACCAUUUGGGUCAAUUCAACUUGAACCUUGGUUAAUAUUUGAAACCAAGGAACAAUUUCAUGAUGUCUUCAGAGAUUUUUGCAUACAAGAAGGCUUUGCUGUGACAGUAGACUAUGCUGACAAUCAUAGAUAUACUGCAAGGUGUCUGAUCAAUGAUUGCAGUUGGAGGAUUCAUGCAGCAGUCCUUGUUGAUAAAGUCAGCUGGGCAAUAAAGAUACUGGAAGGGGAACAUAAAACUUGUGGGAGGAUGGAAGAGAAUCCUAUGGUGUCUUCAGCAUGGCUUUGUAGACAUUUGAGGCCAGAUCUGAAAGCAAACCCAGAUAUCCCUGUAAAUGCACUGCAAAGGAUGUGCCUGGAGAGGUUUAGGAUCCAAGUAAAGUCCAGGCUGUUUUACAAAGUGAAGUGUUUGGCCAUGGAACAAAUUCAUGGUGGUUUUGCCCAGUCCUAUGCUCUGUUACCAAAAUAUGCUGAGAUGAUAAAGGCCACCAAUCCUGGCUCAUAUGCUCUCAUUACUUGGACUGACAGUGGGGGCAAUGGUGAAAAGUUCAAGGCAUGUUUCAUCUCUUUUGCAGCUCCGGUGAAAGGGUUCUUGGGUGGCUGCAAACCCAUUAUAGAGAUUGAUGGUGCCCACCUCAGUGGCUAUUACAAAGGAGUCAUGCUCACUGCAGUGUCCAUUGAUGGCAAUAAUGAGAUUUUUGUGAUAGCUUAUGGUCUGGUUGAUACAGAGAGUAUAGACAGUUGGACUUACUUUUUCAGAAACCUAAGGAUCUUAUUUGCACAAUAUGGAUCUGAAAGGGAUGACUGGACUUUUAUAAGUGACAGGAUGAGGGGUGUUGAAUCAGCCCUUUUUGAGGUAUUCCCAAGAGAAACUAGGAGGGUCUGCUGUCAGCAUGUGUACUCUAACUGCAAAAAAGCUGGGUGGAGUGGGACAGAGUUUCAUAAACUCUUUUGGAUUGCAACCAAUGCAUACAAUGCAUAUGUGUAUGACAAGGCAAUGUCAAAGAUCAAGAAAUAUGAUGCAGCGGCAUUUGAUUACCUUACAGCUACUGAAGAGCAAUGGAGUAGGUACAUGUUUGACAAAACAGUUUGUUGUGAUCAUAACACAACAAACUUUGUCGAGUCAUUCAACUCAUGUACAAAGGACAACAGAGAUUUGCCUGUCCUGACUUUAAUGGAAGCUGUAAGGAAUUGGUGCAUGAAAAGGAUGGGUUCUAGGUUUGACAAAGCAAUUGAUAUGGAUCCUAAUGAGCUAACAGAGUUUGCUAAGGGAGUUUUGGAGACAAGAAGUGAGGAGUCCAGAUUGUGUCAUGUGACAGCAGCUGAUGGUGGAGAGUUUAAGGUCAGGGAUGGGCAUGUGAAGUUCCCUGUCACACUUCAGACAAUGACCUGUGGUUGUGGGAAGUGGCAAGAUUAUGUGUCACCAUACUUCAAGGGAGCUGCUUACAAGCUAACUUAUGGAGACCACAUCCAUCCUAUGUCAGAUCCAAGUCACUGGCCAGCAUUUGAUGUGCCUGAAAUAGCACCACCAACUGUCAAAAGAGCUGUAGGCAGACCAGCUAAGCAGAGAAGGAGAGCAUCUCAUGAAGCAAGAAAAGGAAAGAGGCACAAGAACAACAAGUGCAGUCUUUGCAAGGAGUUGAGACACAAUGCAAAAACCUGUAAGGCAAGAAAGGAAGCAACAAAACAAGCAGAAAAUGCAGCAUCCAGUUCACAUCAAGGCAAAGGAAGAGGGAGGAAGAGAAAGGCUGACAGUUAG